ACGUGGGCCGGGCCUCGGGGUGCGCCGCUGGAGACUCUGCCGGAGCCGAACGGGAGCGGGGCGCCAUGGGGAAGCUGCGCCGGCGGUACAACGUCAGGGGGCGCCUGCAGGCGGCCCCCGGCCCCUCGAAGGGCCCCCCCGAGCCGCCCCCCGUGCGCCUGGAACUAGAGGAUCAGGGCACGUUGAAAGGAGUUGAUGCAAGCAACGCGCUGGUUCUGCCGGGGAGGAGGAAGAAGAAGACCAAGGCCCCUCCGCUGUCGAAGAAGGAGAAGAAGCCUCUGACCAGGAAAGAGCGGAAAGUGCUGCAGAAGGUCUUAGAGCAGAAGGAGAAGAAGAGCCAGCGGGCAGAGAUGCUGCGGAAGCUGAGUGAGGUCCAGGCCUCGGAAGCCGAGAUGAGGCUCUUCUUCACCACCUCCAAGCUGGGCACGGGGCACCGCAUGUACCAGACCCGAGACAGGAAAUCUGACGAGAUUGCAGCCCCGGGUCAGGAGAAGAUCAGCAGCCUCAGUGGGGCCCACCGGAAGCGCCACCUCCAGGAGGCAGAGGAGGAAGAGUCCGAGUCCUCGAUGGAGUCUGAACCUGACGAGGCCCCAGGCACUGAGCAGGCGCAGGCUGGUGCAGGGACGACGGCAGUGCAUCAGCCGCCAGCUCUGCCGGGGGCCAGGGGCGAGAGCCCAGCACCCAGGGGUCAGCCCCCUCCGGCCGCAGCCCCCGCCGUGGCCAAGUGCCCAGCAGAGCCCGCCGUCUUCAUCCCUGUGAACCGCUCCCCUGAAAUGCAGGAGGAAAGGCUGAAGCUCCCGAUUCUCUCCGAAGAACAAGUGAUCAUGGAGGCGGUGGCCGAGCACCCCAUCGUCAUCGUGUGCGGCGAGACCGGCAGCGGGAAGACCACGCAGGUGCCCCAGUUUCUCUACGAAGCGGGCUACAGCAGCGACAACAGCAUCAUCGGCGUCACGGAGCCCCGCCGAGUGGCCGCCAUGGCCAUGUCCCAGCGAGUGGCCAAGGAGAUGAACCUGUCACAGAGGGUUGUCUCCUACCAGAUCCGAUACGAAGGAAACGUGACUGAAGACACCAGGAUCAAGUUCAUGACGGACGGUGUGUUGCUCAAGGAAAUCCAGAAGGACUUCCUGCUGCUGAGGUACAAGGUGGUGGUCAUCGACGAGGCCCACGAGCGGAGCGUGUACACGGACAUCCUCAUCGGCCUCCUGUCCCGCAUCGUGGCCCUCCGGGCAAAGAGGCACCUGCCGCUGAAGCUGCUCAUCAUGUCUGCCACGCUGCGGGUGGAGGACUUCACCCAGAACCAGCGGCUCUUCGCAACGCCACCCCCAGUCAUCAAGGUCGAGGCCCGGCAGUUCCCGGUGACGGUUCACUUUAACAAGCGGACGCCGCUGGACGACUACAGCGGGGAGUGCUUCCGCAAGGUCUGCAAGAUCCACCGGCUGCUGCCCGCAGGCGGCAUCCUGGUGUUCCUGACGGGGCAGGCAGAGGUCCACGCGCUGUGCCGCAGGCUGAGGAGAGCCUUCCCACGUGCCACACCCGGGCCACCAGAAAAGGAGGAUCAGAAAGAUUCGGCAGAAGAAAUGCGGAAGUUUAAGAAGUCGAGAGCAAGGGCGAAGAAGGCCCGGGCGGCGACAUUGCCCCAGAUCAGUUUGGACAAUUACUCAGUGUUGCCAGUGGGUGAAGGCGACGAGGACAGGGAAGCGGAAAUGGACGACGAGGAGGCCCUGGGCUCCGACCUCGACCUGGACUUGGGAGACGACGGGGAUGACGGAGUGGACGGAGGUGGCCAUCCGGAUGCCUCGCUGCCCCUGUACGUGCUCCCGCUCUACUCUUUGCUGGCCCCGGAGAAGCAAGCGCAGGUCUUCAAACCUCCUCCAGAGGGGACUCGGCUGUGUGUCGUGGCCACCAACGUGGCCGAGACAUCCCUCACCAUCCCGGGCAUCAAGUACGUGGUGGACUGCGGGAAGGUCAAGAAGCGGCACUACGACCGUGUCACUGGCGUGUCCUCCUUCCGCGUCACCUGGGUCUCCCAGGCCUCGGCCGAUCAGCGGGCGGGCCGCGCAGGCCGCACAGAGCCCGGCCACUGCUACAGGCUCUAUUCAUCUGCGGUUUUUGGAGACUUUGAGCAGUUUCCUCCUCCUGAAAUCACGCGGAGGCCCGUCGAGGACUUGAUCCUUCAGAUGAAAGCUCUCAACAUUGAAAAGGUCAUCAACUUCCCUUUUCCAACCCCUCCCUCCGUGGAGGCCCUCAUUGCCGCCGAGGAGCUGUUGAUCGCGCUGGGUGCCCUGCAGGCGCCGGAGAAAGCAGAGAGGAUGAAGCAGCUGCAGAGGUCCCGGCUGAGCUGCCCCAUCACCACGCUGGGCAGGACCAUGGCCACGUUCCCUGUGGCACCCCGCUACGCCAAGAUGCUGGCACUAAGCAGGCAGCACGGCUGCCUCCCCUACGCCAUCACCAUUGUGGCCGCCAUGACCGUCCGGGAGCUGUUCGAGGAGCUGGACAGACCGGCUGCCAGCGACGAGGAGCUCGCCAUACUGAAGGGCAGGCGGGCCCGGGUGGCCCAGAUGAAGAGGAUCUGGGCUGGGCAAGGCGCUUCUUUGAAACUCGGGGACUUGAUGGUGCUGCUGGGCGCCGUGGGAGCCUGCGAAUAUGCCGGCUGCUCACCCCAGUUCUGCGAGGCCAACGGGCUGCGGUACAAGGCCAUGAUGGAGAUCCGGCGCCUGCGGGGCCAGCUGACCACUGCAGUCAACGCUGUGUGCCCUGAGGCCGGGCUCUUCGUGGACCCCAAGAUGCAGCCGCCUUCCGAGAGCCAGGUGACCUACCUGCGGCAGAUCGUGACGGCCGGCCUGGGCGACCACCUUGCCCGCAGGGUCCAGAGUGAGGAUCUGCUGGACGACAAGUGGAGGAACGCCUACAAGACCCCGCUCCUCGACGACCCCGUCUUCAUCCACCCCAGUUCCGUCCUUUUCAGAGAGCUCCCCGAGUUUGUGGUCUACCAGGAAAUUGUGGAGACCACCAAGAUGUACAUGAAAGGCGUCUCGACCGUGGAGGUGCCAUGGAUCCCAGUCCUGCUGCCCUCUUACUGCCAGUUUGACCAGCCGCUGGACGAGCCACCCCCCACCUACUGCCCCGAGAAGGGGCGGGUGCUGUGCCACCGGGCCAGUGUGUUCUAUCGCGUCAGCUGGCCACUCCCCGCGGUCCAGGUGGACUUCCCAGAGGGCAUUGACCGCUACAAGCACUUCGCCCGGGUUCUGCUGGAGGGGCAGGUCUUCCGCAAGCUGGCCUCGUACCAGGGCUGUUUGCUGUCCAGCCCCAGCACGAUGCUGAAGACAUGGGCCAGGCUCCAGCCCAGGACAGAGAGCCUCCUGAGAGCCCUUGUAGCUGAGAAAGCUGACUGCCGAGAUGCCUUGCUGGCUGCUUGGAAGAAAAACCCCAAAUACCUGCUGGCCGAGUACUGCGAGUGGCUCCCGCAGGCCAUGCACGCCGAUGUGGAGAAGGCCUGGCCGCCCACCCCUGACCGCUGAGCCGACACCUGGCCACGGGGCCAAGGGCUGCUCUGGAGCCCAGGGGCUGGUCACCCUGGCGUGGGACUACUCCAGGAGGCGGGUCCAGCCCGAUUCUGGACACAGCCUGCUCCUGCCCUGGCAGUCUGACCGAGGGAGAUUGGACUUCCCACCGUGCUCUCCUCGAGACCAUAUUGGGCCACGUCACUGCCCUGCUUAAAACGUGGGAAGAUUCUCCAUUACUUGAGGGCUGAAGGCCACCCCUGUGACGCAGCUUCCAAGGGUGUGCGUGCACAGACCUUGCACCCCUGCGUCAUCUCACACCACAGCCCUGGGACCACCCUGGAUUCCUUCCAUCUUCCCUCAGGCACCCUUGUCAGCCCCCGCAGGUGCUCUUCCCUCGCCCGGGACGCUUCUGUGCCUUGCUGCCUCGCGCCCUCUGGGUGGCUUCUCACCUUCGGGGUUAAGCCCCUCUGGACCAUCCCCAGGGAAGCUGGCCUGGCUGCCAUCCACUUAGGUAGGCAAGCCUCUGUCUCGCUCGUCAUCUUGUGUCCCCAACACGUGGGAGUGCAAAUGUUAGGAGAAAAUUGCAGCAAAUUGUAAAAAGAAAAACCUGAAGCCAAACAGGCGUCCCAGGAAUCUAAAGGAAAGGGAACACGUCUGACAUCGGGGAAAUUGUCAAUCAUGUGAUGUGGAAAAUGAUAGAAAAGAGGUCAGGAAAUGAAAAAAUAGACAAAUAUUGCCAAACAUGAUAAAGAAACAACAUACCAGUGGAUGAGCUAUUGCGAUAUGAGAAAAAGAUGAGAGAGAAGGCUGUGACCAAGGGAGCUGUGAAAGCCCGUCUCAGUGGCUGGUAGGUUCAGAAAGAUGCUCAACCUCGCAAAUGGGCAGGAAAUGAACAUCAGAUCAGUAAUGCAAUAACAGCAGAUCCAGAAAACAUUAAGAAUCUUGGCAACACCCAACACUGGUGAGAACAUGGAACAAAGCAUCUUCACAGUGUUGGUGGCUGUGGGAAUCGCCACAGCCUUGGGGGAGAAAUCCAGCAGUAUUUACAGUAAAAACACAGUGCUCCACGGGGGCCUUCACGCAGAGAUGGGAGCCAGGAAGCAAGCCUCACGGAUGGGUUAGAUGUUGACCACAGCUCCUCAGGAGACAAAGCACAGGGCGCUGAGUGACGGCUGAUCGGCUGAGGGGAGUGUGGUACACUACUCAUACAAAUGAGCCUGGUCUCUGCUCACCUGGAGGGACUCCCACCGCCCAUCAAGUGAGAAAAGCAAGUGUCAGCGUAAACUGCAUGAUUCCACUUCAGGAAAGACAGCCCCAACCGUCCCCCGCCCUCACUGCCGUGUAUGAUACUGUGAGAGAGGGAGACGAUGUGAAAGGCACCCGACUGAUUAUCUGGGGGCUCGGGGGGGUUAGAGGGACAAACUGAAGAAAUAAGAGAAGAAAAGAAAACAAAUUCACAUUGCAAUACCAAAGAAAUCAUAGGAAAACAGCAUGAAGACAUACGUGGAGGAUGUUCAUGACAGAUGCUGUUAAUAACAGCAAAAAUUUGGAAAUAUCACACGUGGAGGGGGUAUUAGUAAAUUACGGCACAACCAGAUUGUGAAAUACUUUGCAGCCCUUCAACGUGAUGUCAUAAUGUCAUCAACACAAAGCAGCAUUUCACAAGUGCACUGAGUGAAAACAAUCCGGCUACACAGCUGCCCGGCGAGCUCCUGUCUGUGCUGCGCAGGAGGAGCUCACACUGCCGGCCGCAGCGCCUCCUUAGAAAGCCCAGCUGGCGGGCUGGGCCCUUGGCUGGGUCCUGGAACUUGGGUUUCCGGAGGAUUCUCACUGCUCUCUGACUGAUAAGGGUUGGCUCACUGCGCCCACACUGUACAAAUGACAUGGCUUGUGCUCCACACCUGCUUUCCUUUGGGGAGUCUGGCAUUUUGCUGCAAGCCGGGCAGAGGAUGCCGGCGUGGUCAGACCCUCAUGACAUCCUGGCGAGCUGAGUCUCUCAGGGGCCUCCCUGGGCAGAAGCUCCGAACACCUGCUCCUCUGUUUUUGUUGUUGGGGGAAGCGUGCCCCGGUGUCCCCCAUGGCAGGGAGAGAACAUGAGGAAGCCCACAGGUGGAUUCCUCCAGACGCCACCAGUGUCUUCUCCCUUAAGAUCCGAGUGUGUAUCCUCACUACACUGUUAUCAUAAAUCUCAGCUGUGAGAACAACUGUACACCGAGUGCAGUGGAUCCGUCUAGAGAACCUCUGAAUGUGGGGGUGGUCAUGGGGACAUCCCCUCCGGCCCACACGUGUGUAUGGAAACGUCUAGAUGGCGCUCGGGACCUGUUAGGAUGGUCAUCUGGCACCGUGAGUCUGGAGAGGCAGUUGAUUUCCUCUCACUUAGGUAUUUUUCCUAAGUCAGUUUGUGCUAUCACAAUGUAAAUGCAUAAAUUCCAUCAUAUAAAUACAUAAAUAAAACAAGACAACAAAGAUCCACGUUUAACAUUCCAAAACUCUUCCGCUUCUCCACAGCAGGGCCUCUAACCCCAUCCCCCAGCCUAGGAGCCCUCCCCCACUCUCUCUCUGUCUCUCUACAUUCAAGCCGCCUGCGGGUUCUAUGGGCUCUACCUCCAGCCUUUAUCCAGGACCCCCAUGCUCACCACCUGCACUGCAAGCCCCCGCCCACCUUCCACAGCCUGCGUCCCCCACUGGCCGCCUGGGCCUUGGCUGUGGCUUCCUCGCUGGUGUCUGGUGUCCACCCUGCCAGCCCGUGGUGUAUUCUCCAACAUGGCAGCCAGAGGGAGCCUUUUAAAAUCUAAAUCUGAUCAUGCCAUUCCCCUGUAUCAGGCUUUCCAGCUAAAUUUCAACCCCCUCCUAAGCCCAUAAACUACACUCCAUGCACAAGGCUUUCUUUCUGUCCCUUUGACACAGAGCACACACACACACACACACCCCUUCAACCUCAGGGCCUUUGCACCUACCAUUUCCUCUGUUUCUGCAGUUAGGCUUCUCUGACAGCUUGUCUACAGCAUCCCCCUUUGGUCUCCAUCUCAUUGCUAUUACUGUCUUCAUAGAACUUAUCACUACUCGCUUAGUGCUAGUCUUGGAACUGGAAUAUAAAGGCCAGGAGGGCGGAGAAACCUUACCUGUCUUAUCCAGGGAUAUACUAUGGUACUCGACGCUACCGGGGUACACAGUAGGUGCUCAGUGUGUGCACGUUACCUGGCAUCAGGCGCUCAGGAGUCUAUUGGGUGAAUGGGCAGCUGCAAAACUCUCCUUAGAAACCCAGUGUUUUCCCAACUGCCUGAUGACGUGGAUAGCUAGGAGCAUCUGUUUAAAGAUGCAGAUUCCUGGGCGCGCCGCCAACCUACUGCACCCAACUCUCCAGAGGAGGGAAUCCGGGUGUCUGCGAUGCGGCUCAGGGACGGUGCCUAGAGCUGCCUGCUCCAAGGGAGCUCCGUCCUCAGGCUGGCUGAUGGGGGCGUCGGGGACCCCUUCGCUGCUUGGCCUUCCCAACGCGUAACUGUGGUUUAGAGAAAAAGACUAAAACGUGGAGAUGCCGGGGAUUGAACCCGGGGCCUCAUACAUGCAAAGCAUGCGCUCUACCACUGAGCUACAUCCCCUGACUCUUAAGCGUGCUUUCCGGGAAUGAGGAUGUAGGAAGUCGCGCCUUCGCUGCGCUUGUACCUA